UAGUAAAAUGUUAAGUGCUACCUGAAAAUAAAAUUAAUAAUAAUUAUAACAAUAAUAACUAAUAAUAAAAAUAAUAAUAAUAAAAAUUUAAAAAACGAAUUAUAAUAAUAAUCUCGUAAUUAAAUUAUUUUAAAAAAAUCACUUUGGUCCAGAUCGACCAGCAUUAUCCAGGUUAAAAAUGUCAUUUAAUACCCGACGUAAAUGACACGUGAGGAAUGUGAGUCAAGGGAUGAAAUAAAUAAUUAUUGGUGCUGGAUGAUCCAAAUGGGCACGGUGGCCCAUUAUGGCCCAUCAGCAUGUGCAAUUAAAUAACAAUAAUAAUAUUAUUAUUAACCAGCAUGAAUUUCUACCACUUUGUGAUGUUUUGUUUAAUAUAAUAUCACUGGCAUCAUAUUUCUGCGAUGUUGUAUUUGAUUUGGCAAUGGGUUAUGCCCUAGCCAAUCACCCGACAGCCCCAGCUGUCUUAUUUCCAAUUAGUAUUAUUUUAAUCGUUACUUCAUUAAUUAUUUCCCAGCUCGUAAGUAUCCGCUGGUACUUGUGGGGUGCCCGUGGCAAACUGAACCCAUCGACCGACACACCUUCAAAAAAUUAUCUUCGUAACUGGACCCUCUGGUGCGUAGUAUUACUCCACACCAGUCAAGUCGGCGUGCUAUGGCGCUACUUCAAAUUAUUCAUCCCCGUGGACCUGACCUACGUCAAACACGAGGUCCGUGAAUUGUGUGUCCUGCGACUAAUACACGCAUUCUGUGAAGCAGCACCGAUGCUCUUACUCCAGCUGUACCUCCUCUCCACCGGACUGACUUCCAAAGAUUUACCUCGCGACCGCGUGGAUUCAAAACUAUCCGAGCUGACCGCAGUAUCCGCGGGUCUGUCACUCUGGAGCGUCUGCUGGGCAGUAGCAAGCUUCAGCAAAGGGGCCGCUCGUCUCCGCAACCUUGAACGCCUGGUCCUGACCUGGCUCGGGGUCCUGGCCCAACUAGCAUGGCGCCUAGGGACCGUCAGUGCCCGCGUCGGCGCACUAGUUGCCUACGCCUCUCUCUACGGCGGUUCCUGGCUCCUAGUUGUUCUUGCCCUUCACUGGCUCUCUAUGCUAACCUGGUUACUACUAACUCCCGACGGUCUUUUUCAUGGUGGCGAGAGACUGACUCUUACCCGAAAAACUUUUCUUGCCUCUCUUCUCGCGUUUGUUUACGUAUUCGCAUACGUUAAUCUCCACGAGACAAAUCAUCGUCAGAAAAUGAUUAUUUUUUACACAGUAAUGUUUUUAGAAAAUUGUUUGCUGAUAAGUGUAUGGGCUAUUGGUGCAUCUUCAAGUGGACAUGAACAUAAUACAGGACCUGGAUCAGGACCAGGAUCUGGGACUGAACCUGGACCUGGACCUGGACAAUUAGAUCAAUUGAGACCAAUAACGUUGGUUUUAAUAUUGAUGGCGUUAUUUUUUGGAGGAUUAUUUUUUAUGGGACUUUACUACCGAUUUUUUCACGUAAGAAGACUUGGGUAUGAAGCGGGAGGUAGAAUGAACACGAGUAAUAGUUUUAAUAUGGAUGGAAAUGCUGACAAACAAUUUCAGUACAAUUAUAAUAAUAAUAGUAAUAAUAGCAAUAAUAAUAAUAAUAAUAAUUAUGACAAUAAAGUUGUUAAUGACGUCCAGGUUGUGAGAAAAGUUAAACUGAGCAAUAGUGGAAUCCCAGGUGUCUUUAAUUGCCGGUUCACUAACCCGACGGUAGUUGCGCUUAAUAGAAAAAAAAAAAAACCGACAAGUUUUGUUCCACCGCCGCACACUAGUGCGGGUUUGGGAUUUUGUGAUAAGAAUUAUAACACGAGGCAGCUGAUUCCGUUUUGGAAGAGGCCGCUGAAUGAAGACGAGGAGGACUGGAAUGCUAAAGAGUGUCAGAAUGCUAAGGAACAGAGUGUGCAGCUGGGAACGCUUAAUGUUCAUUUGAUAAGAGAGAAGUUGAGAGAAAAGAAACAGCAACAGUUGAGAGAACUCAGAGCUAUUCAGGAAGAAAUAAAAGAGGGAAAGUUGGUACCUCCUGGAGGGACUAGUAGUGAUGCUUCAAUCACGGGAAACCCGCCACCGCAGAAAAAAUUGCAGCCUAAUAAUACGCUGGGGUUCGCUAAUGGGUUGGGAAGUACGAUAGCUCUAAGCCCAACGGUAUCAGCAUCCAAUGGAAACGUUAAUGGGCUAGAGAAUGUGCCAACACAAUGGCCACCGAUAAAAAUGCACUGUCUUGUACCACCAGGACCACCGAAUUAUCAUGUGAUGGGUAACGGGUGGAAACGCGAGCGUCCAGAGACGCCGGAAAUUCUUCUGGCCCCGCGAUGUCUUCCACAUCAUUAUCCUCACUGGACUUCGAAUCAAAGAUUAAGAGGUCAAAAUAAUGAAGAAGAUAGUACAAAAGAACCUAAUGAUGAUGAGCUGAGUGAUUUAGAAGGUAGUCAGGUAUCAUUACCACGUAGCUACACGUUACCACGUGAAUUUAAAUAUAAUAAUUCAACAAAUAAUCCUACACGUGAACGGCGAAUUAACAUUAGUAAAGUUCAAUCAUCACGUUUUUACUUGCCCUCUACUAAUAGCUCUGAUGGUGACGUAGACAGUGCGGACAAUGAAGAUGAAACGGAUACAGAAUUACAUCAUCAACAGCAUCAUCAUCAACGUGAUAAUAAUAACAAGCACACUAAUAUAGAUAAUAAUACGAAGCAAUAUAUUUUUACGGAUAAUCGGCAAUUAUCUCCACAAACGACAGCUAUUGAUAAUAGCUGUCUAAAUACAACAGACAAUCUCAAUAACAGUACUACGUCAACUGCCGUCAAUUCAUCAAUUGAUAAUGAUAAUUUAGAUUGUUAUUUAAAUAAUUCUUACGGCUCACGUGUCAAUCAAUUGCUCAAAGCUAAAGUUAAACACGAGACUAAAUUAUAAAGCAUUUUUACUUUAUUCGUAAUUACUUAUCAAUUUUCUGUACAAGUUAAUUCGAUGCUGAGGUAGAUUUUAGGAUAACUGAAUUUGUGCAUUACUAGGCUCUGAUUGGUCAAGUUUUAGAACUUUUUAAAACGAUACCGGUCUGUGAAAAAAAAAUAUUGGAAUGUUUUAAAGAAUAGAUAUUAAAACAAAUAAGGGGAUGAAUAAUUUUUUAAUUUAUUGAGGAUUAUUUAGAUUUUAUUAUUGAAAAGAGAUAAGUUAUAGAUAGUUUGGAAUUUUAGGUCUUCUAACUUCUGAGCUAUUGAUUUUUAAAAAUAUUUUUUUUAUCGGUAAGUUACAGACCGAGUAAUUUGUUAAAUAAGUUGUGAGGAUUAAAGAUAAUUUGAGAAAGUCAGAUUAUUUUAUUUUGUUCAUUACUCGGACUGCGAUUCCUUUAUAUUUAUUAAUUUUUUUAAAAAUCAAUAGACCUGAGACAGAACGAAUAAAAGAUCGAAAAAAGUUUAUAAAAAAAAAUGUUUUUUUGUUUUAAAAUUAUCAUCCGGAUGAUAAAUAAAAUUUAAUAAACUCUUAAACUCAAAAAUCGGCAGCCGAAGAGUUUAACUUUAAUCAAAUAAAUAUUUAUAUUUUGGUGGUGAACUUAAACCCACUCAUUAUUUAAUAUUCUUUAAAAUUUUUUUGAUUACUACUUAUUUAUUUAAAAUAAAUAAAUCAAGAGGCAGAUAAUUAAACCCAAUAUUCCAGCCCUUGGGUUUUGAUUUUAAAGAAUCUAUUUAAAUAAAUUAAUUAGAGCGAAUUAUUAAAUAACAUCGGAUUACUUGCACCCCGUGUACAGAGAUAACCCCACUCCGUUUGAGAUAAAAAUUAAAUAAAAAUGGUUAAAGAGAAAUUAAAGACUGGAUGAUUGGCUCGCUCAUUGCGUUAGAAAUAGAUAAACUAUUAAUUAGUUAUUUAAGAUAGUAUUA